AUGUUCACUCAACAACGGCCCGUAACUAAUCGCAAUGAUGUACUGCAUGAAUCUAACCAUCUCUGCGAGGCCUUCGCCAUUGGUGAGUCCAUUUUGGGGCGAUACCAACGCAAUAAAAAAACACUCUCCCCUUCUGAAAAAAAGGCAUUUGCCUCACUCUUAAUGAAGGCUCCCCAAGAACUACUUUCUGAGAUUGUGGCGUCCAUUGAGUCUGUUGCAGCCCCAACAUCAAAACAACAGCAGGAGUUUUUGCCAAUUAUGGAGCGCACACUCAUUAUGGGAAAACCAAUGAAAAACAUUUUUCAAUGUUUAAACGAGGAACUCGGUCAUGUACUUGAGUCUAGCAGGUGUCGCGUAUACUACCUUGAUCCUAAUGAUGCUUUGCUUAUUGAUCCAGUCUAUGGCACUGCCGCCGCUCUUGAUGAGAGUACGCCACUUGGAAAGACAGUGUCAACAGGAGUAGAAUGCACAAUUGCGGGAACAUUAUACAUUCCUCUUAGCCUUGAAGGCACAGUGGUUGGGUGCGUGGAAAGUUCGUGGGGAAGUACAAACUACCACAACAAUCCCCAUGCGGAGGCUAUGAUUCAGCUUGCUGCAAGUGCUGUUCACAAUGCUAUU